CCCACCUCACCUCUACUUUAGCAGACUGCAGCUCUCACUUGAAGCAGAAGAAACCAACUCACAGGCAGGAAGAAAUACAUUUUGGACGAAACAAAACUUCCAUAUUAAACUAAAAAUGAUGAAACUAGCUUACUGGGACAUUCGUGGGCUGGCCCAACCCAUCCGCCUCUUGCUGGAGUACACCGGGACGCAAUAUGAGGACAAAUUCUAUUCAUGCGGUGAAGCUCCCGACUAUGACAAGUCCUGCUGGCUCGAUGAGAAGGAUAAACUUGGAAUGGACUUUCCCAAUCUACCCUACUUGGUUGACGGCAAGAGGAAGAUCGUGCAGAGCAACGCCAUCAUGAGAUACAUUGCCCGGAAGCACAAUUUGUGUGGAGAGAAUGAGGAAGAGAAGGUUCGCGUAGACAUCAUAGAGAACCAGGCCAUGGAUUUUAGGAACGGCUUUGUGAGAAUGUGUUAUCUCGACUUUGAAAACAUAAAGCCAGGUUACCUGAAAGCGCUGCCGGAUGUACUUCAGCAGUUCUCCAAAUUCUUGGGGGACCGGAAGUGGUUCGCUGGUGAUAAGAUUACUUUUGUGGACUUCAUCAUGUACGAGCUGUUGGACCAACACCGAAUGUUUCAUCCAUCCUGCCUGGAUGAUUUCAAGAACCUCAAAGACCUUUUGGAUAGGUUUGAGGCACAAGAGAAGAUUGCGGCCUACAUGAAAUCUAACAGAUUCAUGAAAACACCCGUCAACAACAAGAUGGCCAAAUGGGGCAACAAGAAAGAGUAAAGAACUCUGUUAAAUGUGCAACGUAAAUUGUAUCCAAAAGAUGAAAAAGUGAUGUUUUGCACUGUUAAAAACAAGAUUAAAGUGGAACUUUUUCUCAGUCUGCAAC